AUGAGCCUCCUCGACUUGCCAAACGAGAUCAUUCUACUCGUCGCUGAAAGCUUGCCUCAUCUGAGGGAUCUUUCAGCUUUCACUCACACGAACAAAUUCCUUCAUGCUCUCCUCACCGACAUCCUCUAUCGAACGGCAGCCAAAGACCUCCGAGACAAGGAUCCUUUCUCACAUGCUCUGGAAUACUGCACUGAAAGCGGCUUUGAGGCCAACUUUACCCGCUUGUUGGAGUGA